AGCGGCUGAGGCAGAAAAACAAACGCAAAUUCUGAGAAGGAAUCAGGAAAAAAAUCCUUGCUGAAUUUAAGCCUUCACAUGACGUGAAAAGGAAGAAAUAUUCUUUGACAGAUUAUAGCUUUUGCACAGCUUGAAAUGUACAUCCUGAAGUUAAGUAUUGCCUUGAUACUGAAUUCAACAACUCCAAGCCUCUUCAGUAGCAGGUUACGAUAUACUGUGUCACACACACGGGGAAAGUUAAAAAAGCAGCGGCCUACUACCCUUUGUUAAUGUAGGUAUGGCAUCACAGCUGCAAGUUUUCUCCCCUCCAACAGUGUCAUCGAGUGCCUUCUGCAGUGUAAAGAAGUUAAAAGUUGAACCCUCGAGCUGGGAUGUUACGGGACAGAGCAGCAGUAGUGGCAAGUAUUUCACCCACAGCAAAAAUCACUCCAGUACACAGGUGCAAGCAAAUUCUUCUCAUAAGGUAGCAGCCAUAAACCUUGGAGCUUACAAUCAGAAUUUGCUUCUGCCUGUAGUGUCAGCUGAGCACAUUGUUAUUGCUGCUGCAGACAGCACGGGAAGUAUAGCAACUGUGUCAUCCAACAAUAGCCAGUUAUUGACAUCUCAUAGGAGCAACGUUUCACUGUUGGAGCCUUAUCAGAAAUGUGGACUGAAAAGGAAAAGUGAAGAGGUUGACAGCAACGGCAGUGUGCAGAUAAUUGAGGAGCGUCCCCCCCCGAUGAUUCCGAACAGGACUGCAAUGGGUGCUGCCACUACUGCAACGGUAACCACAAAAAGCAAUAGCUCAAAUAGUGAGGGAGAUUACCAGCUUGUGCAACAUGAAAUUCUUUGUUCAAUGACAAACAGCUAUGAAGUACUAGAAUUUCUUGGGCGGGGCACAUUUGGUCAGGUGGCCAAAUGCUGGAAAAGAAGUACCAAUGAAAUUGUAGCUAUUAAAAUUUUAAAGAACCACCCUUCAUAUGCUCGCCAGGGACAGAUUGAGGUUAGCAUUCUUUCCCGUUUAAGUAGUGAGAAUGCUGAUGAGUACAACUUUGUCCGUUCGUAUGAGUGCUUUCAGCACAAGAACCACACUUGUCUUGUGUUUGAAAUGUUAGAGCAGAACUUGUAUGACUUUUUGAAGCAAAACAAAUUUAGUCCGCUGCCACUAAAAUGUAUCCGGCCAAUACUUCAGCAGGUGGCUACAGCACUGAUGAAGUUGAAAAGCCUUGGUCUAAUUCACGCUGACCUUAAACCAGAAAACAUCAUGCUAGUGGAUCCAGCACGCCAACCUUACCGUGUGAAGGUUAUAGACUUUGGGUCAGCUAGUCACGUUUCAAAGACUGUUUGUUCAACUUACCUUCAGUCGCGUUAUUAUAGGGCACCUGAAAUUAUUCUGGGUUUACCAUUCUGUGAAGCAAUUGAUAUGUGGUCUCUGGGCUGUGUCAUAGCAGAGCUAUUCCUUGGGUGGCCCUUGUAUCCUGGAGCUUCUGAAUAUGAUCAGAUACGGUACAUAUCCCAAACCCAAGGUUUACCUGCUGAGUACCUUCUGAGUGCAGGAGCAAAAACGAGCAGAUUUUUCAACCGAGAAACUGAUUCAACAUAUCCACUGUGGAGACUUAAGACACCCGAAGAACAUGAGCUGGAAACUGGAAUAAAGUCAAAGGAAGCCAGGAAGUACAUCUUUAACUGUUUAGAUGAUAUGGCUCAGGUAAAUACACCUACGGAUCUAGAAGGAACUGAUAUGUUGGCAGAGAAGGCAGAUAGAAGGGAGUAUAUUGAUUUGUUAAAGAAGAUGCUGACAAUAGAUGCAGAUAAGAGGAUAACGCCACUGAAAAGUUUAAAUCACGCAUUUGUAACUAUGACUCAUCUGCUAGAUUUUCCGCACAGCAACCGUGUGAAGUCUUGUUUUCAAAAUAUGGAAAUCUGUAAACGAAGGGUUAAUGUGUAUGAUACAGUCAACCAGAGGAAGAGUCCGUUUACAACUCAUGUUGCUCCAAACACCAGCACCAACUUAACAGUGAGCUUCAACAACCAGCUUAAUACAAUGCACAAUCAGGCCAGCGUUCUGACUUCAGCCUCCACAGCAGCUGCCUCUCUCUCUCUGGCAAAUACAGAUGUCUCACUUUUAAACUACCAGUCUGCUCUUUACCAGCCUUCUGCUGCCCCUGUUACAGGGGUUGCACAGCAGGGUGUAUCCUUGCCAGCAGGAACAGCACAAUUAUGCACGCAACCUGAUCCAUUCCAGCAGACCUUCAUUGUGUGUCCACCAUCAUUUCAAGGGCUUCAGGCAUCUGCGAAGCACUCUGCAUUUCCUGUGAGGGUGGACAAUGCUGUGCCAAUAGUGCCUCAGGCACCUGCUGCUCAGCCGCUGCAGAUCCAGCCUGGUGUACUUACACAGGGAAGCUGUACUCCUCUAAUGGUAGCAACUCUUCAUCCUCACGUAGCAACCGUCACACCGCAAUAUGCGGUGCCCUUUACCCUGAACUGCACAGCCGGACGUCCGGCAUUAGUUGAACAGACUGCUACAGUACUGCAGGCGUGGCCUGGAGGAACACAGCAGAUUUUGUUGCCUUCUGCCUGGCAGCAAUUACCUAGCAUGACUCUCCAUAACUCUGUUCAACCCACAGCUGUCAUUCCAGAGACUUUAGGUAGCAGCCAGCAGCUGCCAGAAUGGAGGAGUGGACAUACACAUGGAAACCAGUUUAGCACAGCAAUUAUGCCGCAGCCCUCCUUACUUGCCAGUCAUGUGACUCUGACUGCCCAGCCUCUGAAUGUUGGAGUGGCUCAUGUUGUACAUCAGCAGCCAAGCAAUACUUCUGCAUCAAAAAAAGCUAAGCAAGUUCCAGCAGCACAGAAUACAGCAAGGACGAUAGCUUCACUGGAUGUCCUACCAUCGCAGGUGUUCUCACUUGUUCAUAGCAGCCCUGUUUGUACUACUUCAGCAUAUAACACCGUCAUUCCAGCAAAGGAGCAGCGCCAGCCAAUCAUAAUUCCAGAUACCCCAAGUCCUGCAGUGAGUGUCAUUACUAUUCGCAGUGACACAGAUGAUGAGGAAGACAGUAGAAUUAAAAUUGAGAGUAGUAGCCUGAAGAAAAAGUCAAAGGUCAUUGGCUAUGUGACAGUUCACGAUUCUCCUGAUUCUGAUUCUUCAUUAAGUAGCCCUUACCCUGCUGAGCAUGUGGUGACACUAAGAGCUGGUGGAAACGUGUUGGAAGUCUCUGGAGGAGGAUUAAUAGAUAGCAUUCCAAGCAACACCUCCCGUACAAUUAUUGUUCCUCCUCUGAAAAAGUCAAACAUCAGCACAUUGGACUGCAACAGUCAUAUGCCUGGUGUACUUUCCAGUGUUUACAAAGGGAAAACCUGUGGGCAGUCAUCUGGGAGCUGUAUAACACCAAAUGGAUAUCGAGCACACCGUGUGUUAACAACAAAUGGAGCUCAACCGUUAAACCUCAGUCAGCAGCCAGAAGUACAUGCCUCUCAGGAUCGAAAUGUGAAACCUACGUCACGCAGGCAGCAGGCAUAUGUAGCACCAAUGGCAUCUACCAUCUCUCAAGCACCUUACUCUUUCCAGCAUGGAAGUUCACCUCAUACAACAGUGCACCCUCACCUAACUGCAGCAGCUGCAACAACACAUCUUACAAGCCAGCCGCAUAUGUAUGCAUACACUCCUGCAGCUGCAACAUUGGCAUCUACCAGUUCUGUGGCUCACCUCUUUUCUCCACAGGGAUCUGCUAGACAUGCAACUGCUUAUGCUCCUCACCCAAGCACUCUGGUGCAUCAGGUUCCUGUUAGUGUAGGUCCCAGCUUGCUGACAUCUGCAGCCCUUCCAGCCGCACAGUAUCAGCACCAGUUUGCUACCCAGUCCUACAUUAAUGCUUCCCGUGGUUCAGCCAUAUAUACUGGAUAUCCACUGAGUCCAGCCAAAAUCAACCAGUACUCCUAUUUGUAGUGUACAGCCAUUUUGCUUACAGGGCAUUCAUGGUUAAAUCUCCUACUUGUAUACAAAUUUUAUUUCAGUAAUCUUAACAGUAUGUUUCAUACUUCCAUAUUUUUAUAAGGCAAAAAAAAUGUUCCUGUUUCAGAUGCUGUUUUAAAAUAAAUCAGUCGUUUGUAAAACUUGGUGAAACACGAUAACAGUUUUGAGUAGCCAAGUAGUUUGUGUGCCUUUCAGCUCCAUGGGAGCUACUUAGAUAAUCAUUUUUGAAUAAAUUCUGCAGGCUGCAAAGAUAUUAAUGUACUGCAUUUUUAAUCAGAAAAUUCUCUAGAAUGUGAACAUUGUUUCAUAAAAUUUACCAACAUUUUCAUCCCUGCUGUUCAGCAGUGUUUUAAUAAAUGGUGAGUUUUUAUCACUGUUGUAUAGUUCAUGAUAGUUUUGUUCAUAAUUAUGUUAAGUGUUUACCAUGGGAGCAUGUUUAAAGCCUAUGAAUGCCCUGCAAGUUUUUUUCAUUCCAAGUUACAUUACUGUACUUAAAUGUCUCAAGUUUUCCAGUUUAAAAAAAAUUGUAAGACAUGAGGGUGGUUUUACUUGUGAGCCACUUACACUAAAGCUGUAAUAUAAUUAAUGUAGAAGUAAAUAUUUUAAAGAUUUUUAUGCCAAAAAUAUGUUAUUUGAACUAUUGUUAUUAAGGAAGUGGGACUUAAAAAUACAUGUUGUUACCAUUUAUUUGUUUUUUUGUAAUACAAACCUUUAUUUAGUUUAUUUGCUUGUAGAAACACAAUAUUUCAGCAAGAGUCCAUGAAAAGGCAAUCAGAGAACAAAUAAUUUAGUUGCAUGAUUUUGCUAAAUGAGGAAAUCAAGGAAUUCAGUAAUACCAUGUCCUUUAACGUCAAUUUUUUUUGGGGGGAAGGACAAGUUUCAUGCUGUGGAAAGCACAAUGUUUUAAAGCUUGGAGCACCUAAUCUUAUAUACUAGCUUGAUUGUGCAUGCAGGCAUUUUAAACUUUUUUUAUAUCGGUGGUUUUAAUAUUUUACAUUGAACAGAAUGUGUAUAUAAUCUGAAGAUAAUAUAAUAAGCAAAUGUUCUGCUUUGUCUUAUCAGAUGUAUAGUGAUGCUCCUUCAACUGUGUACAUUGUCUAUGCUAGUUUGGUUUUCCUUAAAGGUUCUUAUGGAUGAAUUUCAUUAGUGUGCGUGUUGUAAACCAAAACAAAUUUAAAAUCUGUUGGAAUGUACACGAAGUCUGGUCUAAUUGUAAAGAGUUCUCAUCACUGUAGCACUGAAUAAGGAGAGGCUGUGUAAAAUUGAGCUAAAAUUCCUGGGUUUUGGAAUGAAAGAACAACUUCUGAUUUGAUUUGCACAGGUAUGUGUCCAAGGUCUGUUUAGGCUUGGUAUUUCCCUUGUAGUAGUGCCUUAAAUAAUAGUCUGGAGUGUUGAUAUAGCUUACACUGAACUUGCUUUAUGAUGGACCAUUAACCUUGCAUCCCUUUCCACCCUUUUUAAUACAAAGCGUGUUCUUUUUUCUCUGGGAGUAUAUAAGCUUCAUAGUAACACAAGUGUCUCAGCAUUGUUUUUGUAGUCUGUAUUAGCGGAUUUAAUUUAGUGUGUAUCAGCAGGCACAUACAUUAUUUGCAUUUUGAUAGAAAGUAUACUCAAUACAUUUCUCACUCAAGUUUUUAUUAUAUAUAUAUAUAUCUUAUUUGACAGAGUUGUUCAAAUUUUUUUUGAUGUGUAGAUAGUAUAGCAGUAUUUAGAAAAAAAUUGAAAACAGGUAUGUGCAAUUAUAUUACUGUUUUUUUUGUGUUUGUGUGGUAAAGUUUCUUCUCACUGGGCAUUUCUUUUUAGAAGAAGUGGACUUGUAGCAGUACCAAAGAAGGAUUAGAAACUUAGCUUGGCAAAGCUGAGUGGCAAUCUGAAGGCUGUAGGAAUGUGAUCUUUAAGUGUAUAGGUUUCUUUAUUGUAGCAGGAAGGUUUUCAGACCCCUGUGUGGUUUGGCAAAACACUUUGGUUUCAAGGAUAAAAAAAUAAUUUCUGCUUUUAAAAGUCUUCUGAAGUCAAAUAUAUAUAUAGUUUGUUAAUGAGGUAGAGAGUAUGUGAAAAAGAUCAUUAGGCAACUUGAAACCUACCAUUGCUUUGGACAGCUUAUCUGGUCUUUUAAUAACUCAUUUAUUUGGAAGUUGUCAUUUGAAGUUCCCUAGGAGAAAAUGCCAUUUGAAAUCUUGCAGAUAGAUCAGUCGUUUUCUGCUUAAUCCUUGUUUAAUAAGUUUUGAAAUAGCCUUUAUUUAGCACUGCGUUGUACAUCAGCAAAGGUAGUAAGGGUGAGAGGAAACUUCUUGUGGACUUAGACCAGCCAUCCUGGUCUUUGGUUAGAAAUUUGAAGUGUUAAUCAUCUGUUUUUUUUUUGUUUGUUUUUUGUUUUGUUUUCUUUCAACCAACUAGGGUUGGUACAUGUAGGUUUUAGUCAUUUCAUUAGAAAAGGAGUAUAAUUUAUUUUUUAUUAAUGUACAGCUUGUUGUGGAAGUUGGUGAUUUUUCCUUUGUUGUAUUCAGAAUGAUGUUUUGUUUAAUUUUGAUGGGGUAACCAUGUAUUUACAUUUAUUCUUCAGUUGUUUUUGGUUAAUGUUCUGAAUGCAAACUAUUUUUUUUAUUUUUGCUUAGUGUUUUUUUCUUGUGUUGGUUGCACAAAGAGUCAUGAGUUUGGUGACAGGUAAAUAUGUAGAUGUUGCCUUGCUUCAUUUGAAUGUUGUAGCUGUAAAGUGUUAGAGCUGUGUAGCCACCUAUCACCCCCCCCCCCCCAGCAGGGUCUUAGAUUUAUUUUUUAUUUUUUUGGUGUACCAGUGUGGUGGGUUUUCUUCCUUACAGAAGCAUCAUCAUUGUACUUAUAGAUGAGUUUGUAUGAUUGAGUAUGUGAUGUAAUGUGGUGCAGAUCAUCUUAAUGUAUUCGUAAAAUGGCUUUUUUUCAGUGUUUGUCGUCAAAGCAUAUGCAUUUUUUACAUGAGAUAGAUAAAUCGUGUUUCCCAAAGCAUCUAUUGUAAAUGUUUUCCUUUGCCCUUGGUUUUGGGCAAGCUGCCUUUCAAGCCAUUCAUUUUUGUGAGUAUUUUGUCAUGUUAAAGAGGUACCUCUGAAUAGCUGAACAUCUUAUUAAAUAGAUGUGCAGUUUAUUCCAGGUGAUUAUUUUACUAUGAAAUGAACUCGUUUGUUAAGGGCCUGCCAGCCUGCCUCAUUUAAAUCAGUUGUUCCUGUUGCCCGGCAGUCACUGAACCAUGUGAAACUAACUGUAGCCCAGUGCUUCUAGUAAAGCCGAGCUGCAGCCCCCUUUUCCCUUCAAAAAAGUACUACAUCAUAACUGCAUGUUUGUUUUUCUUGCAGUCAUUCUUAUGUUUUGUGGGGGGUUUUUUCACUUUGGCCUUUAAGGUAAUGUAUGUGGCACAAGAGGGAGGGGGUUAUUUAUUUAAAGUGGCCUGUUAUUUAAAACUGAAAUGUGGGCUGCUUGCCUACCAGUAAAAUACUGAGUUAUGCACAUCUGUAAUCAUCUGUAUACACAUGCUCUUUAACAGUAUUUCUAUCAAGUUUAAUUCUGCUAGUUUGUUUUAUAGGUAAAGUGUUUGUUGUGCACUGGCAUCUGAUGCGCCUUACCAGAAACUUGAGUUUGCUGUUCCUUUAAGUAGUGCAAAUGCUUUUAGAUCUGAUGAUAAUUUUGUGCCAACUAAAUUCCUAAGUGGGAAAAGGGUGUGCUUCUUUUGAAAUCUUCAUUGAUACUAUCCCUCAAUAAAAUGAUUUGUGUUGGACCAGUAAAUGCAGCACUACAAAUAACUCAUUUUGGUGUUUCUCACAGCAUGCCAAAAUUAUGCUACUGUUUAUUGAUAAACUUUUAAUAUGUGGUUAAAAUUUUAGCUUGAACUUUUUAAUGUCUGUCAUAUGUAGCCAGUGCAUUGUGCAAAAUGUGUAGUACCUUUGUUUUAGUCUGUAUCAUUGAUAUUGUAUUAUUUUUAAUGCGUUUGAAAUGUUCCUACACUAGUUUACUAUGUGAAAUAUCUUUUUUUCUUUUACAGUCGUGUUUUAUGUUUAAAUCAGUAAGUAGCUUCUGUAUGAUUUUUUUUUCAGAUGUACUUAGGAGUUAUUGUAAAGUCAAAUUAACAAAAGAAAUAUUGCUAUUUAAAAUUUCAUAAUACUAACUGUGUGGGAAAGGGGUCCAUUGUGAAGAUAGUUUAUCUUUGAACUUUGUUGGUAUUGUCUUUGGUUUUACAAAGUAGCUUGUAUGCUAAUCUAAACAUUUUCUACAUACUAUGGUAAAAGGUAGAGCUAAUGCAAUGCAUCCUUACCAAUAAAAUGGGUUACUUUUCUGUAA